AUGGCUAAAGCUGACAUCAAACCAAAAUCUAUAUAUCAUGCCAAAAAAUGGUCAGAUGAUGUAGAGAACUUAUACAGAUUUCAGCAAGCUGGAUACAGAGAUGAGGUUGAAUAUAAACAAGUAAAACAAGUUGAUAUGGUAGAGUGUUGGCCAGAAACUGGAUUUGUUAAGAAACUUCAGAGGAGGGAUAAUACAUUCUAUUAUUACGAUAAACAAAGAGAAUGCGAAGACAAAGAAGUCCACAAAGUGAAAGUUUAUGUGUAUUAG